GCACGCCUUCGUAUCGAUGACCAAAUGAGCUUCAACCGGUGAUCGCAAACCCAAAACUGCCGACCACUUCCGACCUCCGAUGGCUGCAUGUGGAGAGUAGGCAGCAAUAUUGCAUCAAGUAAUUGUGGCGUUCUAGAUGUUGCGUCAAUCGCGAGGAAUACGAAGACGAUACGCGUAUAUGAGGGGCACAGGUUUGCGUAGCGCGCAGGCUUGAAAGAAAAGCAUCCAAGAUGUAAGAGACAAAUACAUCUCGAGCGCAGACACCACGAAUCUGCGUCUAUGCCCAAGGAGCUCACGCAUACCCUUUCGGUUCAUUAUAACGAUUGCAGGACUUGCAGGAGAGCUUCUUAACGCCUUUUGCGACUUCGUCCACCAACUAUGGCCUCACGGGAACAGGAGCAGCACUUCCUCGCAAAUAAAACGAUCACAGUAUCGGGAGCGGGAAUCUCAGGCCUUGCCUUCGCCAUUUCGCUGCACAAACUGUGGUCUUCCAUCUCGACCUCACCACCGCCGCCCAUCACGCUCUACGAACGCGAUCACAGCGCCGUGCCCAAGAAUCGCGAGGGCUACUCGCUCUCCCUGCGCUCAGACCGGCCGUCGGCGGGUAUCCAGACGCUGCAGAAAAUGGGGCUGUUGGAUAGGAUGCUGGAGGUUAGCAUUACGGGGUUGGAAGGGGAUGCCACACUUGGAGAAAAUGAUACGCAAGAGAGGAAGGGGGAAGGCGGCUUUGUGGUCUGGGACAAGGAGUUCAGGAAGAUAAUGAAGGUGCAGAGUAAGACGCCGAAAGGGUGUCCGGUAGCUGGGAUGAGGAUUGCGAGGAAGGAUUUGAGGAGGACGUUGGUGGAGAGUGUAGAGGGGUUGCCGGACGUGGAGAUCAGGUGGGGUGAGGCUGUUACUGGUGUGUCUUCUGCACCGGACGGUGGAGUAGAGAUCGAGACUUCGAAGGGCAGGGUCGAGACAUGCGAUAUACUCCUCGCGUGUGAUGGCUCGUCGUCCAAACUCCGCGGUAUUCUCCGCCCGAACGAUACACUCAAGUUCGCUGGUCCGACAUGCGUAUUCGGGACUACCUCAAUCGCAGGUCACCAUCCCUCAGGACGAGACGACGAAUUCGGCAGCGCGAUCUCUGGCGCCGGACCCGCGCUGUUCAUUGCACCAGUUGAUCAUGAGUCGAUGAUAUGGUGUCUUUCCUGGCAGGUCGACGAGCCGCUCGUGCCGAAGAAGCCGCCCAUGUCGCCGGAAGACAGCCAGGCGCUUCUCGACGAGGCGAGGAAAAUAGGUGGACCUGCGUACGGAGAGCAACUCCUUAAGAUGAUCGAUGAUACAGAUCCAAAGACCCUCACGCGCUUCAACGCCAUGGAUAAGCAGCCCUUCACCCACUCAGGCGCUUACAUCACCGCUCCGAACCUCUCGUCUCUUCAAGGCAAAGUAAUCUUCCUCGGCGACGCGAAUCAUGCUGUGUCGCCCUUUGCGGGUAACGGAGCAAAUCUUGCGCUGAUGGAUGGAUGGGAUUUCGCGGAGUCGCUGGUGCAGAGUGAGAGCUUGGAGGAGGCGGUGGGGAGGUAUGAUAAGUUGACGGUUGGAAGGGCGAAACGGGUCAUCGCUAUGAGCCAUUUCUCGAUCCGGGUGAUGCAUGCUACGGGGUGGUGGCUGUGGUUUUGGAUGGGGGUGUUGCGAGUUAUUCGGUUCUUGUUUUUCAAAAAGGGAGAUUGAAGAAGACGGUGUGGGCGCCGUUGAGAGCGGCGUUGAGUGAGCGUGCGUCGCCUAGGUUUGCUUCGAUUGUCUCGUACUUUCGCACUUCAGCACUUGAGCCUUUGGGUCUGACGCUGAGCGCGUAAUGCCGCGGAUUGUGUAGUGUUGGCUGAGUUCUUCGUUAUUGAGAACGCAGUUCGUCACUAAGCUGCACUGGUUUCCAAUUCUGCGAAGGCUAAAUCCUAAAGCGAG